AUGUAUCUAAGGAUAAGGUUUUCUCUAAUAUUGCCAGGUGAAGUUCUAAAACGGGAGUGGAAAAUCCUGCGCGACUCGAUGCGGCAAGCCCUCAAACGUAGCAAAAAAGGUGCCACCACUAAGAAUGGUCUGCCGUGCAAGAAGUGGCGCUUCCAGAGCCGCAUGGCCUUCUUGCUGCCUUACAUGACGAUGAGACGUGAGAGACAGAUAAAAGAAGAUUUGAAACUGGAUGAUACAGAGGCUUCAGAAGUAGAGGAAGAAAGGCCCGAGCCUGAUUUAUGGGACUCAAACUACCACGCCACAGACCACUCCUCACUCGAGCUUUUCUUUGCCAGCGUCUGUCAAAGCACCAAGCGCCUCCCCAGAAAAUUGCAAUCUACUGUCAAGAGACAGGUCCUUGACGUCCUACUCAGAGUCGAGGAAGAAUGGGACCAGGUUCAGACCGACUCCAAAGCUGCACUGAAUAAGGAAUUUGAUUAA